CUCUAUUUUAAUUUUUUUUCUCUCUCUUUUCUCUUUUUUAAUCUUUCUUUAGGCAAACACCAAAAAUACAAUAGCAGAGCCUUCUUUUUAUAUAUUUCAGAACAGCACAUAACGUAUAUAUAAAGUAUCAUUUUAUAUAUAUAUAUAUUUAUAUAUAAUUUUAUUUUCCCUUCACACACACACAUACCUUCUCUCUCCCUCUCUUUCUCUUUCUCUCCCCCAUAAUCUAAAAGAACCCCAGAAUAAAGAAAAAGAAAAAGAGAUGCCAUCUAAGCGAAACCAAUCCAAAAAUCAAAAUGAUCUCAAGACCUUCAAAUCACUCUAUAAACAGCACUUGUCUUCACUUAUUGAGUUGUUUCCCGGUUGGAGUCAAGAAGAUUUACUUUUUGUCAUGGACGAAUGUCAAGGUGAUUUGGAUCUAGCCAUCAACCGCAUUUCAGAAGGUCACGCCAGUCAGUGGGGUCAAGUCAAGACAAAGAAGACAAAAUCAGUACAACAAAAGAAACCAUUCUUGAAUAAUAAAGGAGACUCGCGUAGUAGUAAAUCAAAAGGAAAAUCCUCUAAAUCAAAGCAUAAUAACAAUAAUAAUAACAGCAAGCAAGAAGUAAAACCCCAAGCAAAUCCAGAGCCACAAAAGCCUUCGUGGGCAAGUAUCCUGAAAGGACCACCUUCCUCUCCUCCAACAGAACAAAAGACAGUAGAACCAGUAAAAAAGGAGGAAGCAAAGGACGAGCAAACUAGAGUAACCGAGGAAACUAAACAAGAAUCGACAGAGAAGGAACAAGAACCAGAAAAGGAAAUCGAUGAACAGGCAGACACAUUAAAUGAAAUAGAAAAGAAGGAAGCUGUAAAUGAAGAAGAACAACAGCAAGACGAAGAAGAGACAAAGGAAAUAGAAGAACCAACAGAAGUAAAAAAGGAACAAGAAGUUAGAAAAGAUCAAGAGUCUCGGGAGGAAAAGACUAGAGUUGUGAAAGAAGAAAAGGUCAUACAGGUUCACCGUACGAUUCGAAGAUUGAACCAAACCGAAGCUGUCGUCUUGCCUACAAAUCAAUCUGCGCCUAUAGCUUCUGUAAAUGUCCAAUUUGGUAGCCUUACCAUCUCUACUGGUGAAGAAAGUACCGAGGUUGACGAAAAGGAAGACGAGAAGACAAGGGAAGUAGAGAGUAAUGAUGAAGUAGUGACACAGACUGUCACUGAGCAGGUACCACAGCAAAAAGAGGAAUCACCUCAGCCAGAAAUCUCAUUACCGCAACAACAACAAUUACAAACGCCCCAACCCCAACCACAGCUACAGCCACAGCAGCAACAGCAACAACAACUACCUUCAUUCCAAUCUGUAGCGCAACCAUCCUCAGUCCAAGCUGCUCAGCAUGUGGCUCAACAAGCAAACACACAGCCACCGCUACCUGUCAACCAGCUUCAUCCUUUACAACAACAACAACAACAACAACAAACACCAUUGCCUAUGGCGGGGCUCGUAGGAUUCAAUUACCCAUUACAACAAACACAGCAACAGCCUGUAGCUGAUUCAUAUAUUAAUCCAUAUUAUGUACCACAUACAGCAGCUGGAUAUACAGGUGGAGAAUAUAAUACGGUGUAUUCUAAUGAUACACAAAGAAUGGUAAAAUGACUAUCUUGUGUGUGUUUAUUGACUGACUGUCAUUU